GAUGGAGAGCUUCUGGAUACAGAGCGCCAUUGGUGCAAUUAAGGCAAUUGCAUUUGUCUGUGACAUAAUAACUUUACCGGUUUAUUUGGUGCUACAAAGACCAUGGAAAAGGAGGCACGAGGCCAAGCGUGUUAAGGCUAAAAUUGUGUCCAAUGACGAAUCAACUUUAACUUAUCGGACUAUAGAACCGCCCCGAGAUGUCCACAUUAAAAUGUUGCAGGACAACAUAGACACACUUGAAAAAGUUUUUAAUUACGUCGCAAAAACACAUUCGUCUAAGCGUUGCCUGGGCACACGCCAAAUCUUAAGUGAAGAAGAUGAGGUACAGCCUAAUGGACGUGUCUUUAAAAAGUAUAAUAUGGGAGAUUAUAAAUGGAAAAAUUUUAUCGAAUCAGAACGUAUGGCUGCAGCAUUUGGACGCGGUCUUCGCGAAUGCGGUCAGGAACCUCGCAAGAAUAUUGUUAUAUUUGCGGAAACUCGCGCUGAGUGGAUGAUAGCGGCUCAUGGCUGUUUUAAACAGUCUAUGUCCAUAGUUACCGUUUACGCAACGUUGGGAGACGAGGGUGUUGCUCAUUGCAUAAGUGAAACGGAGGUGACAACUGUUAUAACAUCUCAUGAUCUGCUACCAAAAUUCAAGCAGCUAUUGGAAAAAUGUCCUCUCGUUAAUACGAUUAUCUUUAUGGAGGAUCAAUUGCACAAAACCGAUAUAUCAGGCUUUAAAGAUGGAGUCAAGAUUAUUCCAUUUUCACAAGUUACACGACUAGGCCAAGACAGCAAGUUUGAGGGUGUUCCCCCGAAGGGCAAUGAUAUUGCAAUCAUAAUGUAUACUUCCGGAUCUACUGGGACACCUAAGGGAGUUUUGUUAUCUCACAAAAACUGCAUUGCAACCAUGAAAGGGUUUUGCGAUGUGGUGCCAAUAUAUCCUGAUGACGUCUUGAUAGGUUUUCUUCCUUUGGCUCAUGUUUUUGAAUUAGUGGCAGAGAGUGUUUGUUUAAUGACAGGCGUUCCCAUAGGCUACUCGACGCCCUUGACGUUAAUAGACACCAGCAGCAAAAUUAUGAGGGGUUCAAAGGGAGAUGCAACAGUUUUGAAACCUACAUGUAUGACAACAGUACCACUCAUUUUGGAUAGAAUUUCAAAAGGCAUUAACGAUAAAGUUAAUUCGGGCUCCGCUUUUAAAAAAGCUCUAUUUCAAUUUCUUUACCAGUACAAAGUUAAAUGGAUUAAAAAAGGUUAUCAGACCCCAUUGAUUGAUAGAUUGGUUUUCAAGAAGGUCGCUAAAUUGAUGGGAGGUCGUGUUCGUAUUAUGAUGUCGGGAGGUGCACCACUUUCGCCAGACACACACGAACAAAUAAAAACUUGUUUAUGCGUUGACUUAAUUCAGGGCUACGGUUUAACGGAGACCACUUCAGGAGCAACAGUCAUGGAUUAUCGGGAUAUGCAAUAUGGACGUGUUGGGGCACCAUUGACAGUUUGCGAAAUACGCUUAGUCAAUUGGGAGGAAGGAGGCUACAGAGUGACAAAUAAACCUUAUCCGCAAGGUGAAGUUCUUGUUGGUGGCGAAUGCGUUUCAAUGGGAUAUUAUAAGCUACCAAAUAAAACCGCUGAUGAUUUCUUUGACGAGGAUGGUAAGCGCUGGUUCAAAACUGGAGAUGUUGGAGAAAUGCAUCCUGACGGCGUACUUAAAAUAAUAGAUCGUAAGAAGGACUUGGUGAAAUUACAAGCAGGCGAGUAUGUUUCAUUGGGCAAAGUAGAAUCGGAAUUGAAAACAUGUCCAUUGGUGGAAAAUAUAUGUGUGUACGGCGACCCAACCAAGCAAUUUACUGUAGCCCUAGUUGUACCAAAUCAAAAGCAUUUGGAAGAAUUGUCUAUUCGCCACGGGUUGGAAGGGAAGUCAUUUGAAGAACUCUGCUCCAAUCCUGUGAUUGAAAAAGCGGUGAUUAAGGAAAUAGCGGAGCAUGCUAGAAAAUGCAAACUACAAAAGUAUGAAGUACCCGCCGCUAUAACAUUGUGUAAAGAAGUUUGGUCGCCCGACAUGGGGCUUGUUACUGCUGCAUUCAAGCUCAAACGCAAAGACAUUCAAGACAAAUAUCAGCAUGAUAUUAAUCGAAUGUACGCCUCAUGAAAUUGGCUUAACAAUUAGAUCUAGAUUACACACAAAACAAAAAAAAAGAGUCUGCAAAAAAUAAUAAAUCAUUUACUUUUUAGAGUCCUGAUAUCAUGCUCUUUAUUUCACCAAUAACUUAGUAAAGCAUUAUUGGGAACACAAAUUAUUUAUUAAUCAGAAAAAAAAUUCAUAUGUUAAAUAUUGUAGCUAAUCUCCUAUUAAGAGCAAAUUUAAUGAUUUAAAAAGCAACUUUAAAUAACAGGCUGGAAAUAUGUUAAAACUUGAAUAUAAGCAUUGAUUAUGGACUGGAUAGUAACAAAUUUAUACUCAGACUAAAAAGAACUAUUCGUACGUCGUGGGAUAGAGAAUCUAAUUUGCAAUUGCCGUAGGUCAGAGGCAUACAUAUAAUAAAAAUAGAUUUUUUUUAUUGUUUUGUAAUACUUAUUUGUGAGCCGACAUAUUGUAUAUAAUUUAAAUUAUUCAGCAAAGCUAUUUUAUUCAAGAAUGUCUCAAAAAUCUUACAGAUCCUGUAAUCAUAGUACUACCUACGGCGUACUGAAAUAAUGAGUAUACUGUUUUUUUGGCAAUAAAAGCACAAUAAUGGUAUUAUAAUUUCAAUAUUGCCGUCGUAAAAUUUGCUUUGAUUAGAAAGACCUCCAUAGAACAAUGCUUGUAUUAACAUUUUAUUGAUUCCAGGAUUAAAAUAGGUGAAGAAUGUUUUAUUUAGUAUUAUGUUUUUUGUUAAAUGAUUUAUUGUUUGAUAAGAAACUAAACAAAUAAAAUAAUAUUUACAUAAA